AUGGCCCAACAACCGAAACGCGAGAAAGUCUGGGCCUCCCUAAUAACCAACCUCUCCUACCUUCCGGGCAUCCUCACCCUUUCACACUCCCUUCAAGCCACCGAAACAGCCUACCCCUUCAUCGCAUUCUACACCUCCACGUUCCCCGCCGAAGGCCUGGCAGCGCUUCAGGCGCGCGGAAUCCGCACCCAAGCCGUCCCCAGCGUACAACCAAGCCAGAACAGAGUCUUCCUCCAGGAUCCCCGCUUCACCGAAACAUGGAACAAGCUGAUCGUGUUCUCGCUGGUGGAGUACGACCGCAUUGUCCUCCUGGACGGAGAUAUGCUGGUGCGCAAGAACAUGGAUGAGCUGAUGAGUGUACCACUGGACGAGCCACCGAGCAGCGAGGAGAAAAAACAGGAGAGGGUAUUCGCAGCGAGUCAUGCGUGCGCCUGUAAUCCGCUGAACAAGCCACAUUAUCCCAAGACGUGGAUACCCAAGAACUGUGCCUUCACAAGCCAGCAUUCGGAUCCCGUCCGAGCGCAGACAUCCGGCGCCCCUGCCGCGGCCGGUGUUGCCAUGCUGAACAGUGGCCUCUUGGUCGUGCGCCCCAGCAUAUCGGCCUGGGCGGAGAUCCAGGCUGGACUUAACAUGCCGGAUCGCACAGAUAAAUAUGAUUUUCCCGAUCAGGAACUCUUGUCGGACGUGUUUCGGGGUCGAUGGGUGGCAUUGCCGUAUGUGUAUAAUGCGCUGAAAACGUUACGCUGGGCUGGAGUGCACGACGCGAUCUGGAGAGAUGAAGAGGUGAAGAAUGUGCAUUACAUCUUUGCUAAAAAGCCAUGGCAUGAAGAUCCCGAUAACGGGAUGGAUGAACUAAGUCAUUGGUGGUGGGAGGUGAAUAGGCAGAGGCAACAGUUGGAAGUGAAGAAAGGGAUUACGGACGGUCAUUGA